AUGCAGCCUUACCAGAGAUAUAAAGGUGGACGGACUGUCUCCACGGUGAUGGCAAAGACACAGGCUAUUCAGAUCCCCUCUGGCCCUUAUCUGCCACCCUCAAAGCCCGCGUCUCCAGAGUCUCCGCCACUUUCCAACGGACUGGAUACCGCGCGCGAGAUGUAUAUGGAGUUCUUCGAGAAGACGUACCCAAACAUACAGCCACGCGACGACUACGACUUGAUAACGCUCGGGUCGACUAGGCGAAAGGGAACGGCGGCGGAAAUUUACGCAUGGGCGGACGACCAGAUGCGAAUCGAUAUCAGGAUUUUAGGCUCUCGGGAGGCCGUCCUUGCGAAUUCGACAAAGGUGCUGGAUAUGGUCGUAGGUAUCACGGGGCGUAAGCCGCUUCCCGGCCGCGAUAUUGUGCAUACCCGUCCGGUCCCCGGAAGCAGGUACUCCAUCCGCCUAUGGCCAGGCAAUCCACGCGUCAACGAGUACUGUAUGGACUUCGUGGACACCGCGACAAAGGAGGCCGUCAAUUCUCCGUUCGAAUUCGAGCUCUGGGCCGUCCCCGACCCCGAGGCGCCAUGGCUAUUCAUGCCGUCCGGCCGUCUCAACUCCUUGGAGAGCAACUUCCACAUCCCGCAACACAAGAUCCCCACAGGGGAGGAGAAAUGGGUGCUCCGCGACGGACAGACCUGUGUACUCAAGCGUCCAGGCAAGAAGGACGUGUUGUUCCGGGUUCCCGUUCGUGAGAAACCCCAGGUAAUCAAUCCUGUCGACUAUGACGUUCUCGACUUUCCCCGCCAGGUGUAGAGGCUGUCCGACGUUGUCGCUGCAUAUCGUCCACCAUUCUGUUCGCCUUCUUCUCGUAUACCGCGUACUCUUGUACAACUACAUUAACAUGUAUGGACUAUCUAACUUCCUCA